CCUCAGUGUCUCUCUCAUCGAUUUCCUCGUCUUCCACUUUUAUACCCGAUCCACUUCCCUUGCUUCACGAUCCCUGCAACCCAUGGCCCCCAAUCAGAGCCACUAACAGACCGCAAAUUCCGCUACAACAGCAAAGGCCCCGGCGAGGGUAUCCUAUCCCCCCGGUCGUUUAGGGGAUCCACGCUUUCCAACGCUGCGACUAGACCUCACCUACGUCUACCUCUACCUCAUACAACCUCACCUCGAUUCUCUUGAUCAUUCGCACUCGCCGGCCAAACUGUCGAUCAUCCUCUCUGGCUUUUUCGUGCGCCUCGCACCGGUUGAAGUCCAGAGUCCAGUCCGUUCCACGCCUCUCCUCCGCGACCUACAUUAAAGAUAGUCUACGCGCACCCAGCAAGGCGCAGCACUUCACCCAUCUCACCCAUCCCGGCCACCAUUUCGUCAAUAUCGGUCUAUCAUUACCAUCAUUCACUCGACCAAUGCAGCUAUUCUAAGUGGCAUCACGUUCGACCAUUAGACGUCCGGAUGUCGUUGAUUUGACCCCAGUCUUUCUGAGACUUGCAGCCUGAGACGUCGCCUCCGCCGCAAAUGUUUCGCAAUCGGCGCAAUACUCAGAAGCCCGAUGAGCAGUUGUACGCGGCCUUCAAGCAGAGCUUUCCCGAGGUCGGGCCUGUAGCAACUUCGUCAGCUGUCCAAGGGGAAGGAGGGCCUGCACGCCGAUCAUCUACUCUAAGCGAGGCGAUUGUCGAUGAACCUUCUUCCACCCAGCAAGGCUUUGAAACCCAACCAGAUAUCAAAGAACAGGAUGUGACGCCCAAGCCUUUCACCGACGCCUGGAGAUUCACCCCGUCACUCAUGGAUCCCAACUCUUUCGCCUUUUCGGCCUUUGCAAACCAGCCCCCAGGAUACUAUACACCGACCCCUGGGGGCUUCGGCACUCUCUACCAUCCCCAGGCUGGCGACCUUCACACCCCCGGCAUGGGAAUGAACACGCCAUUGUCCUUACCACACUCCGUCCAGACCCUCCACGCUCACGAUCCCAUGAUGCAACUUCAGCAUUUCAACCCCCAUCUAAUGCACCAGGCUCAUCCAUUUCACGACCCUUUCCAUCAACAAGCCCAGAUGCACGUCCCUCCGCCACAGCCGCAACAGACUUUCGCCCCUCAACAGUUCCUGCAGCACCAGGACUCUGGCUAUGUCGCCAUGGACGAUACUCCGCAGAAAACGACCCCAACCCAGCCUGACAUGGCCGCACGCCCGCCGAGUAUGGUUCCGUCUGUCCAGCAGCACAUGCCGGGAAGGAUGGGCAUGACUGGCCUGCCGAUGGGGGAGCAAUUUCGAUUCCACACCACGCUGAAUGCGCCGACUGCCAUGAUUCGACAUGCGGACGAGAUCCCCAUCACCUAUCUCAACAAAGGCCAGGCCUACACAAUGUCUAUAUGGGACCAGACCCCGCCAAUGCCACAAAUGCCCCAGCAUGCGCCGCUUCAGUACCGGACCUAUGUUCGGGUCUCCUUCGAAGAUGAGCAGCAACGCGCACGUCCUGGAUCCUGUUGGCAGCUCUGGAAAGAAGGCCGUGGUUCAAAUGAAGCUCACCAGCGUGGGGGAAGACUCCUUGCGGUAGAGUAUGUGGAUCCUAACCAGGGAGGCGACGAUGAACUACGGAAAUCUCAGAUCCAGCUGGAGAAGGCCUCUUUCGACGGCUUUGCCGUGACUUGGUUCCCCAAUCCCGUCAACGGUGGCCCUGACUGUUCGAUCUCGGUCCGCUUCAACUUCCUCUCCACCGAUUUCAGCCACUCCAAAGGCGUCAAAGGCAUACCAGUCCGUCUGUGUGCAAAGACGGAAUUGCUCACGCCUCAAACUGGCGCCAGCACUGAGCCAGAAGUCUGCUUCUCCAAAGUCAAGCUGUUCCGAGAUCACGGGGCGGAAAGAAAACUCUCCAAUGAUGUCGCGCAUGUCAAGAAAACGAUGGAGAAGCUGAAGCAGCAGAUUGCUCAAGCUGAAGCUGGCCUGGGAAAUGCUGGGAAAAGGAGGAGAAGUGGAUCCAUGGCUCGACCUUCUGGUUCUCGACCAGGAAAAGUUGUCAAGCACAAGAGAACAUGGUCAGUGGAUUCUGAAGGCGAGGGGAUCAAGUUCUCCGCAGAGGAGGAUCUCCAGAUGAAGCUUGUGAGCAUGCAGGAUAUGUUCUCCUCCACGAGGCCCGUCAGUGUGCUCUUCCUGCGUGGCGAACCCGAGGAUGAUCCGGACCUGUUUCCGGUCAAAUUGCCAGGAGAUGACCCGGACAUGAAGCAAAUUGUUCGGACGACGACUUGGGAGUCACGGCAGAGCACUUCUGACUCACCGACGUCCAACGCAGCCUCUCCCAGUACCAGUUCGGCGUCUCAGACGACUCCUAAGAGAAAAUUCUCGCAAAUUCAGCAGUCUGCCAUACAAGAAGAGAGCGAAGGCGACUGCGAGAACGAGCCGAGCGCAUCCACGUCCGGACCAGUCAAGAUACCGAAAAGGGAGCCCGAUUCUGCGUCCAAAAAGGAUCUAUUUGCUGUGGACGUCGACAGCGAUUAUCAGCCACCCGUCGAAAGGCCUAUCCGACCAAUGGCAUGUUUCUAUGUACGCCAAAAAGACGCCGCCAAAGAAUAUUACCGCGCCGUCUAUCUGAUGCACAGAACCGUUAGAGAUCUGAUCAAGGGCAUUUCUGAAAAGUUCCAGAUCGACCCUAAUCGGGUAUGUCAAGUGACUCAUAUCAACUCUCGUGGACUACACAUUAUCGUCGACGAAGAUGUGGUUCGAGAAGUCCCCGAAGGACAAGAUAUGAUUGUCGAGUUCGCGCCAGUCCAACCCGAUCACUCAUUGAAACAAGAGUUCGUCGCGCCGGAGGCGGCCGAGGUCAUGGUCGACGGGGACAUUGGGCCCGCCGACACAUCAAUACUGGACCCUCUGGAGAUGUGGCUGAAUUAUUGAUGCCGUCGAUGCGUGCUUUGCAACAUUCACAGGUUCCGAAAAUUGCGCGAGAUACCCAACUUCUCUAUACACUAGUUUAAUUCCAUUACGAACACGACGAUUUCAUUUACGACGAUUUUUCCUAUGGGAGGACUUUGGCGCGACUAUCGAGGAGCCAUGCUAUACUAUUUGAUACCCCAAAUGGCGCAACGCCAUACCAGAUGCGCGGCACCGGGCUUGUCACCACGUUCUGGAUAUCUGUACAUUUCAGCGACAGGAGGUGGAAGAGGUAUUUUGUGGGCGUCGGAAUUUUCCCCAUCUUCUUCAACACACUAUUGCAACAACUAUUUCUUUUUUUUUCUAGUACACGACAGGAUGAUCGAAUGACGGGAUGAUACACGGGUCCCCGAGCGAGAUCCGCAUACUCUUUACGAGAUACAUGAACUUUCGAGAUACCCACAUUGUCAGAAAUCUCCCUUUGAUUUGGCAGGAAGAUACCCAGCGAACUUUUACGAGUGUCAGGGAUAGCAACAAGAUCAGUGUAUCGACUAUCUAAUAUUGGCUGCUCGGCUUUUCUUACAUUUUGCCGAGUUUUUGAUGGGAGGUUUCACACAAUACACCCGGGAGGCCGGGACAUGGGGUGGCGAGAAGUGGGCGGCGUCCAGAACGAGGGAGACAGGCUCAAACACUUUGCUUCUUCCAACGGGGAAAGAUUGUGGCGAUUGUUCAGAGGCUCACAACGUAGGCAGAAGAACAACUAUGGUCUACGGGUGAAGUCGAUGGAGCCGGCCAUGAGCGAUUCGGAAAUCUGCAGGAACGGUUUGUUCCCGCUCAUUUCAGAGGAGACAAUUGGACUUGCCAAUCACAAAAGUCCCUUCCCUGGGUGGCCCCUCCCGGUAAACACUUCCACAGAUGGGGAAGAAGGUGGCCAACGUCCUGCUAGCAGGAUGGUGUGGCGAUAUGUGUGGCUGUGCAAGCGAACAUGAUAGCGAAUCAACAAAUUCUCCCGGAAGGAAGAUGCUUUUCACAACCUCGACAUGUUCCGAAGAUAGCUACCAUGAGAUACCCAUGACCAGCUGACCAGGCCGAUCUAUUCUUCGCUUAAGCCGUUCUACAGUGGUAUACGAUGGCGAGCUUUGGAACAUGCAUGAGGCUAGAGAGGAUUUGCGUGCUAGAGAAAGCGAUGGCAGUG